UAUACAUCUAGCUCUGGGCAGGUUUAAGGACAACGCUAGAAAAGUAAGAACAAAAUUCUAGGAUACCAUAAAACGUACUACGAAUCUUUAUUGUAAAUGAAAACAACUUUGCAACUUGAAGGCUGAUAACAUUUUGAUAAUCCAAACAAUACAAAAACAAAAAUACCAAGAAACCUAGUGGAUAUAUAUAUAUUUGCAACAAGUGUAAAGAAGAAGAGACUGAUUUUUACAAGCAGAGCAGCAGGAGCAGCAGAAGAAAUAAUAACUUAGAGGCAGAACAGCAGAGGCAAAUCCGAAGGUGAAGGUGAUUCAGGAUCAAAUCCAACAAGCGCAACUUUCCAAACGAACAUUUAAAUACACACACACACACACACACAUACAUAUAGAUUGAGAUAUAUAUAUAUAGAUAUUAUAUAUUUGUACGAGUCGCAAAUUGAUUAAUUUGCAACAUGCUUAAGAAACUCAAGUGCAUGGAGGCAGCUGCCGCUGCCGCCGCCGCGGCUGCAGCAGCUGGCAGCGCGCCCAGCACAAAGAUCAUCAAAACGGAGCCCAUAGAUUUUGAAAUGCUGCAUCUCGAGGAGCAGGACCGACGCCAGACAGAGCCCAGCAGCAGCAGCAGUGGCAGCAGCGGCAGUGGCAGCAGCGGGAGUGGGAGUGCGGCAGGCGGAGGUGCAGCAGGUGCUGCAGCGCCGCAGCGCUACACGCACGUCCAGGUGCAGACGGUGCCGCCGCGCCAGCCCACGGGCCUGACCACGCCCGGCGGCACACAGAAGGUGAUACUGACGCCACGUGUCGAGUAUGUGCAGCAGCAGCAGCAGCAGCAGGGGCGUGUCUCGGCAAGCGCCGCCACCAGCUCCAUCAAGCACAUCUACACGCAGAGCGUGGGCAGCCCCACAGAAAAUGCAGUCGCGCCGCAGAUCAUAAUAACGCGCACGCUGCCCGCGACUCAGUCGCAUCAUGGGCAUCUCUCGCGCCGCCAUUCCGCCAGCCCCUCCGCCAGCCAUUAUCAGCCGCAGCCACGUCUGAGCGCCAGCCACGCCCACUCGCCGCCGCCACUGCAUCAUCAACAGCAGCAGGAGCAGCAGCAGCAGCAGCAGCAAGAACAGUCGCAGCAGCAGAGAUCGGCUGGCCAGCAGCAUGUGCGCGUCAUACGCGAUGGCCGUCUGUAUGAGGAGUCUUUGUCCGGCAGCGGCUGCUCCACCGGUGCGCGUCGUCUUUCCGUAUCGCCGCCGCCGUUGCAUCAUCAUUCGCGUUCCGCGCCCGUCUCGCCCGUAAUACCCAGGCGCGCCUAUGUGGAGCAGUCGACACAUGUGCAAUAUCAGCCGCAGUCGCAGCAGCGUCAGACUCCGCCGCCGCCAAAUCAACAACAACAACAACAACAGCAGCAACAAUUUCUUGGUGGAACGCCGCCCACAGCUGCUGCUCGCAAGUUUGUGGUCAGCACGAGCACGCGUCAUGUCAACGUCAUCGCGGCCAACCACUUUCAGCAGCAGCAACAACAACAGCAGCAGCAGCAGCAGCAGCAUCAACAGCAGCAGCAACAUCAUGUCAUUACCAAUGUCAGCUCCAGCAGCGCCGCCUCCGCCUCAGCCUCCUCCACCUGCCCAGCAACAUCCGCGUCGUCAACGUCCUCGCACAUCUUUCGCACGCCCAUUGUCUCCAGCAGCAGCAGCAGCAGCAGCAGCAGCAAUGGCUGUCAGCAACAGUUGCCGACACACCAUCUUCACAGCAACAACAACAGCAACAACAACAACAAUGGUAACAACAACAAUUUGAGCGGCAGCUCGGCUAUGCGACCGCCACCGCCGCCGCCGCCGCCCAAGGUGAAGCAUGCCUCCAGCCUGGGCAACGGCAACAACAACAACAACAAUAACAACAGCAACGUCAACAACAACAGCAACAACAACAUCAACAACAACAACAACAACAGCAGCAAUGGCGAAGAGCCGUCCAGCUCAAUUCCUGAUCUAGAAUUCGAUGGCACCACCGUGCUCUGUCGCGUCUGCGGGGAUAAGGCCUCCGGUUUCCAUUACGGCGUGCAUUCCUGCGAGGGCUGCAAGGGCUUCUUCCGACGCUCCAUACAGCAAAAGAUCCAAUAUCGCCCUUGCACCAAGAAUCAACAGUGCAGCAUUUUGCGCAUCAAUCGCAAUCGCUGUCAAUAUUGUCGCCUGAAAAAGUGCAUUGCCGUUGGCAUGAGUCGUGAUGCUGUGCGCUUUGGUCGCGUGCCCAAGCGAGAGAAGGCGCGCAUUUUGGCCGCCAUGCAGCAGAGCACACAGAAUCGCGGCCAGCAGCGCGCCCUGGCCACCGAAUUGGACGAUCAGCCACGCCUACUGGCCGCCGUGCUGCGCGCCCAUCUGGAGACAUGCGAGUUCACCAAGGAGAAGGUCUCGGCGAUGCGACAGCGCGCCAGAGACUGCCCAUCGUACUCAAUGCCAACCUUGCUGGCCUGUCCGCUCAAUCCCGCGCCCGAACUGCAGUCCGAACAGGAGUUCUCGCAGCGCUUCGCGCAUGUCAUACGCGGGGUCAUUGACUUUGCGGGCAUGAUACCCGGCUUCCAGUUGCUCACCCAGGACGACAAGUUCACGCUGCUGAAGGCGGGCCUCUUCGACGCGCUGUUCGUGCGGCUAAUUUGCAUGUUCGACUCGUCGAUCAACUCGAUCAUCUGCCUGAACGGGCAGGUGAUGCGCCGCGAUGCCAUCCAGAACGGGGCGAAUGCCCGCUUCCUGGUGGAUUCGACGUUCAACUUUGCGGAGCGCAUGAACUCGAUGAAUCUGACAGACGCCGAGAUCGGACUCUUCUGCGCCAUUGUGCUGAUCACGCCGGAUCGUCCCGGUCUGCGCAACCUGGAGCUCAUCGAGAAGAUGUACAGCCGCCUGAAGGGCUGUCUGCAGUGUAUCGUCUCCCAGAAUCGACCCGAUCAGCCCGACUUUCUGGCCAAGCUGCUCGACACAAUGCCCGAUCUGCGCACCCUCAGCACCCUGCACACCGAGAAGCUUGUCGUGUUCCGCACCGAGCACAAGGAGCUGCUGCGCCAGCAAAUGUGGAGCAUGGAGGACGGCGAUGCGGCCAGCAAGAGCCCUGCCGCCAGCUGGGACGCCAUGGACGUCGAGGCGGCCAAGAGCCCGCUGGGCUCCGUCUCCAGCACAGAGUCGGCCGACCUGGACUAUGGCACACCCAGCAGCACACAGCUACAGCAGCAGCAGCCGCAGCAACAGCAGCAACAGGCUGCCACAACGCCCCAGUCCCAUCAUGGUGCGCCCUCGGCGCUGGCCAGCUCCGCGCCGCUGCUCGCCGCAACGCUCUCCGGCGGCUGUCCGCUGCGCAAUCGCGCCAAUUCGGGCUCUAGCGGGGACUCCGGUGCUGCCGACCUGGACAUUGUCGGCUCGCAUGCGCAUCUCACUCAGAACGGUCUGACAAUCACGCCCAUUGUCCGCCACCAGCAACAGCCCCAGCCCCAGCCGCAACAGCAGCAGCAGGUGAAUCACCAUCAGCAGCAUCCCCAGCUGCACCAUCACUUGACCUCGGGCGCCACACGUUACCGCAAGUUGGACUCGCCCACAGAUUCGGGCAUCGAGUCGGGCAAUGAGAAGAACGAGUGCAAGGCGGUCAGCUCCGGCGGCAGCAGCUCCUGCUCCAGUCCGCGCUCCAGCGUCGAUGAUGCCCUCGACUGCAGCGAUGCCGCUCAGGCGGCCACAGCGGCGGGCGUUGCUCAGCUGAGCGUCUCCGUGUCGCCCGUACGCUCGCCCCAGCCCUCGAGCAGCGCCAACCUGAAGCGCCAGAUAGUCGAGGACAUGCCGGUGCUGAAGCGCGUGCUUCAGGCGCCGCCGCUCUACGAUACCAACUCGCUGAUGGACGAGGCCUACAAGCCGCACAAAAAGUUCCGGGCGCUGCGUCAUCGUGAGUUCGAGACCGCCGAGGCCGAUGCCAGCAGCUCGACCAGCAUGCCGGCGCACAGUCCGCGCCAGAGCCCCACGCCCCACUCCGCCCACAUCAGUGUAGUGCAGACGCCCCCACCAGCCGGAGCAGCAGCAGCAACAGCAUCUGCAGCGGCGGCCAACAGUCAACUGCACAUGCAUCUGACGCGCAGCAGUCCCAGCCAGCAGCAGCAGCAGCAGCAGCAACAACAUCAACAACAACAACAACAACACCAGCAGCAGCAGCAGCAGCAGCUGGGCUCAAUGGCCAGCACACACUCGGUCCUGGCCAAGUCCCUGAUGGCCGAGCCGCGCAUGACGCCCGAGCAGAUGAAGCGCUCGGACAUCAUUCAGAACUAUUUGAUGCGCGAGCCGGCGACAGCGGCCAGCAGCACAACGGGCGGCGGACGCAGUCCGAGCAGCCAUUGCCCAUCGCCCUCGACCAGCUCCCCGCCGCCGCCGCCCCAGCAGCAGCUGCAGCAGCAGCAGGCGCGUUGGGCCACCACCAGCUGCCAGCAGCGACAGCAGUCCGUCUCGCCGCACAGCAACGGCAGCAGUUCCAGCUCCAGCUCCAGCUCCUCAUCCAGCUCAACCUCCAGCAGCAGCAGCGGCAGCGGCAGCGGCAGCAGCAGUUGUCAGUAUUUCCAGUCGCCGCACUCGACCAGCAGCAGCAGCAGCAACUCGGCCUCCUCGAGCGCGGCCACGUCGACGUGCAUUGUGGCGGCGCCGCCGCGUGCCUCGCCCAUGAUCGAGCUGCAGGUGGACAUUGCUGAUCCUGCCCAGCCGCUGAAUCUGUCCAAGAAGUCGCCGACGCCGCCGCCAAGUAAGUUGCAUGCGCUUGUCGCUGCUGCCAAUGCUGUGCAGCGUUAUCCAACACUGUCCGCCGAUGUGACGGUCACCGCUGCCAGCAGUCCGGCUGUCUCUGCUGCCACGCCCAGCGGCACACCGCCCACCAGUAGCAGCAGCAGCAGCAGCAGCAGCAGCAGCAGCGGCAGCGGCAGCAGCAGCACGCCCAGCGGUCUGCCGGCCGUGCACAAAGUCAUGUUGGAGGCGUAAGCGCCGCUCCGGAGCUGAGCUGAUCUGAGCUGAGAGACUGAAGCGCGGGGCGUGGUCGAACUUUCCUUAACACUGCAGCAGCCACGCCCCAGCCCCCCAUCCCCAUCCGCUAAAGGGGCAGAGAGACCACACAAAAGAAAACGUAAUUUGAUGCGGCGCAAAAAAAAACAACAAAUCCCACAAAAAGAAAGCCAGCAAAAAAAAAUAUAAAAAAAAAAAAACAAACAAAUUUAAUUAAAUUAUUUUAACUUUAAAAGAAAUUCACAAACAACAAGAAAAAAAAAACAAAAACAAUGAGCAAGUGUACAAAGUUUCAAAAUGCAUGCAAUUUAAAUGUUUAAACUAAAAGUUAUUAACUAAAAAAGAAAAAUGAAAAAGAAAAAAAAAACAACAAAUUUGGACGCAGCUGCGUCGAGGUAUUAAAAUGUGGGCAAAGGCAACAAUGCAUAUAAACCAUAUAUAUUUUUAGCAGUAACAAAUGCAACAACAACAACAACAAUAAAAAAA